CCACCACCACUCGACAAAACACACAAACAAAUCCCCUCACAAACCAAAACUCUGAAUCCCAAAGCCUUAUUAUAUAACAAGCUCACUCUCCCUUUUCUCUGUUUGUUUUCUUGAGUGCUGAAACAACAACAACCAUCCAUUUCUCUACGUCUUUUCAUAAGUAUAAUUCUGUUAGCCCUUUGUUAAUUUUUCUCUCAUCAAUGGAUUGUUGGUCUCCUUCUUUAACUGUGGAUGAAGAGUUCGAGAAGCUCGUCAUUCGUAUGAACCCCCCGAGGGUUACCGUCGAUAAUGCCGCGAGCAGGAAAGCAACUUUAAUCAAGGUUGAUAGUGCUAAUAAGAGAGGGAGUCUUCUGGAGGUGGUUCAAGUGCUAACCGAUUUGGAUCUUAUGAUUCGACGAGCUUACAUUUCUUCAGAUGGAGAGUGGUUCAUGGAUGUGUUCCAUGUCACCGAUCAACAUGGCAAUAAACUAUCUGAAGUAGAUGUUGCAGAGAAAAUUCAGCAGCAACUGGGACCGAGAGCAUACAGCUUCCGGUCCUUGGCAAGAUCUGUGGGUGUUCAAGCCGUCUCAAAACAGACGAUUAUUGAAUUGACCGGGAGAGACCGCCCGGGCUUGCUCUCGGAGAUUUUUGCUGUUCUGACCGACCUUAAGUGUAACAUCGUGGCUGCCGAAGUAUGGACCCAUAAUUCAAGAAUGGCAUCUGUUGUAUAUAUUGCUGAUGAGACGAAUGGAUCGUCAAUCGAUGAUCCCGAAAGACUAACGAAGAUCAAGCAGCUUCUCCUCUAUGUCCUCAAAGGGGAUAGAGAUAAGAGGAGUGCUAACACCGCUGUUUCUGUGGGCUCGAUGCAUAAGGAAAGGAGACUGCAUCAGAUGAUGUAUGCUGAUCGUGAUUACGAUAUGGAUGAUGCUAACAUCGGAUCAACAGGAGAACGGAGUAAACCACUAGUAACUGUGGAAAAUUGUGAGCCUAAAGGUUACACCGUCGUGAACUUGCGGUGCCCUGAUCGGCCUAAGUUACUCUUUGAUACGGUUUGCACAUUAACAGAUAUGCAAUAUGUCGUAUACCAUGCGACUGUCAUAGCAGAAGGACCAGAGGCUUAUCAGGAAUACUAUAUCAGGCACAUGGAUGGUUGCCCUAUUAGUUCCGAAGCCGAGAGACAGAGGGUAAUUCAUUGUUUGGAGGCUGCUAUUAAGAGGCGAGCUUCCGAGGGCAUAAGAUUGGAACUCUGUAGCGAUGACAGGGUCGGCCUUCUAUCGGAUGUAACUCGAAUAUUUAGAGAAAACGGCCUUUCCGUCACACGAGCAGAGGUCACAACGAGGGGAUCCCAGGCCAUAAACACAUUUUAUGUUACCGAUGCGUCUGGAAAUCCAGUGAAAAGCGAAACGAUCGAAUCAGUUCAGAAAGAGAUUGGCCUUACCAUACUUCAUGUGAAGGACGAAGCGUACCCGAAAUCUACUCCGCCACAAGAGAGUAGGAUAUUCUCGUUGGGAACUCUAUUCAAAUCUCGGUCGGAGAAGCUUCUUUACAACCUGGGACUGAUAAAGUCAUGUUCUUGAUGCUUUCGGCUCGGAUUAAUUGGUAGAUCGUUGGUUCUUAGACAUAGACAUUUUAGCUUGUAAAGCUUCCAUGUAAAUAUUUUUCCCCUCAUGUUCUUCAAGAGUACUGUAAAUACAUCUGUUUUAGACAUUGCCAACAAAUUAACUGUGUUAGCUUAUGAUUG